UCCAUCUUCUUGCAUAAAGCCCUCUUCCAUUUGCAUUCUCGAUUCCAAUCUUCACUCUUUUUCUCUCUCCUGAUCUACCCCCAACCCCCCUUACCCCCUUCUCCUCGCCUUUGUCUCUCCUAAUGGCAAACAGCAAUCUUCCUCGAAGAAUUAUCAAGGAAACACAGCGGCUUCUCAGUGAGCCAGCUCCUGGAAUUAGCGCUUCUCCCUCGGAAGAGAAUAUGCGGUACUUUAAUGUUAUGAUUUUGGGUCCUUCUCAAUCUCCUUAUGAAGGGGGUGUCUUCAAGUUGGAGUUGUUUCUACCAGAAGAAUACCCAAUGGCACCUCCAAAGGUCCGCUUCUUGACUAAGAUUUAUCAUCCGAAUAUUGAUAAGCUUGGAAGGAUAUGCUUAGACAUUCUUAAAGAUAAAUGGAGCCCAGCCCUGCAGAUCCGAACAGUAUUACUGAGUAUCCAGGCACUUUUGAGUGCUCCCAACCCAGAUGAUCCCCUUUCAGAGAACAUUGCAAAGCACUGGAAGAGUAAUGAAGUUGAAGCUGUGGAAACAGCAAAGGAAUGGACGCGCUUAUAUGCAACAGGUGCUUGACAAUGAGAGCUUAUCACACAGUGUCAAUUCUGCAUUGUAUCUUUAAAGUUUGAACCAAAUUAUAAAAUUUACUGCCCUUUUCAUGGAAAAUGGAAAGAGAGUCGUGUUUCGAUGAUUAGUAUGAUAACCCAAAGGCCUCCAAUUGCUGGUUGUAGAUGAUUCUCAUCACAAAAUUGCUUCACUCAUGUACUCUCGUCAAUGUUUGUAAUGCUUAUUUCUCAAUUUCAAAUCA